CAUGUGUUGCCAAUCUUUGCCCCUCCUUCAAUAUUCACAUCAAUAAGUAUGAAUUUCCUCUUCAGUUUGUCGUGAAUUUUCAAGGGACAAGAAUCAAGGAAGGAAAUGUUUCCAUUCAAUUGUUAGUUUAACUAACAAAUCAAGAGAGACGAAGAUACAUGACAUGGAUUUAUAUUUCAAGUUUUCAUUUGUGGUAGUUUUCCAGGUUGCUUCCAAAAAAGGACCUUGUGAUAACAGAAUUCAUGGCUGUUGUUCAGAGACCAUAUGGAACGAAACAUUACAAAAAUGUACAGGUUGCGGACCAGGCUUUAUUGGGGAAUUCUGCAAUGUGACAUGUGAAUAUCCUGACUACGGAAUGGGUUGUCAGAUGAUGUGCCACCCUAAUCAGAGUAAAUCUGAUUAUGAUUUCAGAACAGGAUGUUCUACAUAUGACGAUCCAACAAUUGGACAAACGACUAAAGCAAAUUUGGUUAGAAAGGAAACAACUCCUCUCGGCGUUAUUUUUAAUCCCAAAAAUAUGAACUUUUCCGCAAACAAUACGACGCCACUGCAGAGGUCAUUUCCUGGACUGAAAAUAUCUAUCUAUGUUUUACUUGCUGUAUUUCUUGUCACGCUUUUUUUCUACUUCAUAAUUCGAAAAUGCGUCAAUACAAAUGAACAAGAGGAGGAACACUUCAGAGAGGAAAAUAACCAUUAUGAAGAUGUUCAAGACAUUAAAAUAAAUUCUAGUAUGUAA